AUGAAAAAAGAUUGGACUCUUUUCAAGCAAUUGAUGCGAAGGGAGACAAGUUUAGGCUGGGAUGAUAUGAGAAAAACAAUCAUUGCUAAUGACGAAUGGUGGAAUGAUAAAAUAAAAGUGAAUAAAGAAUAUAAGAAAUUUAAAAACAAGGAUUUGUCAUUAAUAUGGUACCUCUAUGAUGCUCUGUUUUCAAAUAUUACUGCCACUAGUGAUCGAGCAAGAGCACCUAGCCAAAUUGAUGCCCUCAACAUUGAAAAUGAAUUUGCAGGUGAAUCAUUAGGGAUGAGUGAAAAUAGAGAUGAAGGAAUCAAUGUUGAUUUUGAAAGAGAUGAUGACAAUGAUGUGCUAGGAAGAAAUAUAGAAAAACUUGAACAUGUCCCCAUCAAAUUCCCAUCUUCAUCUCUUAACAAAAGAAAAAUUGGAGGAACCAAUAACAAUAUGAAGAAAGGGAAAAGGUCGGUUGCAUCAUCAUUGAAAGAGAAUAUAGAUUCUCUUAUUGUUAUGCUUAGUGAUAAGAGUACUACCGAAUCUUCUAGUCCGUUCUAG